AUGAUGUUGCUUUAUCCCUGUUUGCCCCACACACAGUGGUGUGACAAGCUGGAGGCUGGCAAGGCGCAGGGGGAGGGGGAGGGGGAGGCACGGACUGGGGAAGGUGCAUCUGCAGGGAAGGCGAAGGGGGGUUCGUCCAUCGAUGCGCUGCUGGCGAAUGAAGUGGCAGCACUCAAGAAACAGGUGCGUGCGUGUGGAGAGGGGGUUGAGGAAACAGGUGUGUGUGUUUUGCAGCGGCUCACAGGUGCCCCUGUUUUGAGACGUCUCAGGCUACCAGGUGCCCCUGUUUUGAGACGUCUCAGGCUACCAGCACAAACACCCAUCACUUCCCUCUCUCGCAAUCCUCUUUUCCCUCCCUCUUCCUCCCCUUGCCCCUCGUCUUGUCCCUCCCCUUGUCCUGAACGCUCUCACCUGCCUCGGUUCGUGAGUGUGGAGUCUGGGUGCAAGGCACUGCUGUUCGUGAGGAUUAGAGAGGAUGCCAGGAAGGGGGGGAAGGGAGAGAAGGGAGGAAAGCAGUUGGAGGAGGGAGAGGAGAAGGAGGAGGAGGGUGAGAAGGAGGAGGUGGGGAAGACGGAGGAAGGGGAAAAGGAGGAGGAGAAGGGUGAAGGAGACAAGGAGGGGAAGGAGGGGGAUAAGGCCGGGGAAAAGGAGCAGGAGAAAGAGCAGGAGGAAGAGGUUACAGGAGGAGGAGAGAAGGAACCGGAGAAGGAGGGACAGGGAGGGGAGGGGGAGAAAGGGGAGGCAGGGGGAGAGCAGGGAAGGGUGUCGCCGUGUGAGUUGGCAGAGGCGGUGCUGCGGCAUGCCAAGGCCACCCAGCAGUCAGCCACUCGGUGUGGGGCAGUGGGUGUGGGGCAGUGGGUGUGGGGCAGUGGGUGUGGGGCAGUGGGUGUGGGGCAGUGGGUGUGGGGCAGUGGGUGUGGGGCAGUGGGUGUGAGGCAGUGGGUGUGGGGCAGUGGGUGUGGGGCAGUGGGUGUGGGGCAGUGGGAGUGA